AUGUCUGAUGCUGAUGAAUUAGAUGAUGAACCAUCAGCCUUAAUCGGGGAUAAAGCAUUGGCAUUAUAUUUUGAUGCGGGAUUGACACGAAACCAAUACAACCGGAUUCGAUCAGCUAUUAAGAAGAAACUAUGCAACGUUUUGCCAUCUUACCACAAACUACAAGAAGCUAAAAAAGCGUGCUAUCCUUAUAUUUUCACUUUCGGAAGUCCAAGUGAACAACCCAGAGUGAUGUUGGGCCGAAGCUUGAAAUCUUUAUCAUCAGAUUUUGAAAGUCUGUUUGACAAUGAUGAGUUCAAAGAUGUCACUUUGCAGGUAGGAGAGGAGGAACUUAAUGCUCACAAGUUAGUGCUGUGUGCUCGAUCUAAAGUAUUUGCUGCAAUGCUUGAGCACGACAUGGAAGAAAGCCGUCGCAGGCGCGUUGAUAUCGUACAAAUGGAGUACAACACCCUCGAAGAGAUGGUACAUUACAUGUACAGCGGGCAACUGAGGGCACUGCCGAACGAGGAAGCACUGAAACUGUUCGUUGCAGCUGAUCGCUACGACGUGGCAGAGUUGAAAGCCAGUUGCAGGGAAAUAAUUUUGGCUUCGGUAUCCCUCAGUAAUGUUUGCGAUAUUGCUGAAGUUGCUGAUCUUCAUAACGAUGAACUGUUGAUUAAUUCCGUUAAAGCUUUUGUGUCGAAAAAUGGGAAGGAAAUAGUGAAAACUGAGAAAUGGAAAGCGCUGUCGUCUUGUAAGCCAGCUUUGUGUGUUAAAAUGUUCGAAUGGUCCCUUUCGGAAUAA